CAGGGAGAACGGACGCCCCGACGGAAAUAAAGAAAUAGCACUGAAAAAGAAAACAGAAAAGAAAAGAAAAGGGAAAAGGAGGGAGACCGAGAAGGAAGAAGAACUUUUAAAAAAAGAAAAUACUCGCCAUGGAGCCGGGCCAGAACGCACCAGUGGCGGAAGCCGGGGGAGAGCACUCCGCCGGGGUGUGCCUGGUGGACCGGGACCGCGACCGGGACCGGGAGCGGGGGGCGGAAGUGGCCAGCCCAUGCCCUCCGGCCAAGCAGCGGUCGUUGCGCGCCGUUUACGUGCUCAACGACGGGCUCAAGUCCGUGAUGGCCAGCAGCCCCGAGUCAGGCGCGCUCCAGUGUCUGCAGAAGGCAUGCGACGCAGAGAGCGCACUGCUCACGACCGUCACCUUCGGACGGCUGGAUUUUGGAGAAACGUCCGUGCUGGACACCUUCUACGACGCAGACAUAGCAGUAGUGGAUAUGAGUGACGUGUUCCGCCAGCCGUCCCUCUUCUACCAUCUAGGUGUGAGGGAGAGCUUCGACAUGGCCAAUAAUGUCAUACUAUACCACGACACUGAUCCUGACACUGCCCAGUCACUGAAGGACAUGGUGGCCCAGAAAAACACAGCAUCCAGUGGUAACUAUUAUUUCAUCCCCUAUAUACUGACUCCCAACCAUGAGUACAUGUGCUGUGAAAGCGAUGCCCAGCGCAGGGCCAGUGAAUACAUGCAGCCCAGCUGGGACAACCUGCUGGGUCCCCUCUGUGUCCCACUUACUGACCGCUUUUCCAGCCUCCUCAAAGACAUCCACGUCACCUCCUGCGCUUCAUUCAAAGACACUCUGCUGAACGACAUAAGGAAAGCUCGUGAAAAGUACCAGGGAGAGGAGCUGGCCAAGGAGCUGGCCCGGAUUAAACUACGGAUCGACAACACAGAGGUUCUGACUCAGGACAUAGUCAUGAACCUGCUAUUUUCCUACAGAGACAUACAGGACUAUGAUGCUAUGGUCAAGCUGGUGCAGACCCUUGAGAUGCUACCAACCUGUGACUUAGCUACGCAGCCUAUGAUCCAGUUCCACUAUGCAUUCGCCCUCAACAGGAGGAACAGCCCCGGUGACAGGGAACAGGCCCUGGGGGUGAUGCUUCAGGUUUUACAGUCUUGUGAGCACCCGGCUCCAGACAUGUUCUGUCUGUGUGGACGGAUUUACAAAGACAUCUUCCUGGACUCUGAUUGUAAGGACACCAAGAACAGGGACAAUGCUAUACAAUGGUACAGGAAGGGCUUUGAGCUGCAGCCCACGCUUUACUCAGGUAUCAACCUCGCUGUGCUCCUCAUAGUUGCAGGGCAGCAGUUUGAGAGCUCCAUUGAACUGAGGAAAAUAGGUGUGAGACUCAACAGUCUUUUGGGGCGUAAAGGUUCCCUGGAGAAGAUGAAUAACUACUGGGAUGUCGGUCAGUUCUUCACAGUCAGCAUGUUGGCGAAUGACAUCCCCAAAGCCACACAGGCUGCAGAGAAGCUCUUCAAACUCAAACCACCCCUCUGGUACUUGCGAUCAGUGGUGCAGAACCUGCAGCUGAUCCAGAGGUUUAAAAAGCAAACCGUGGAACAUUCACCCCAGCGAGAGAGGCUCAACUUCUGGAUGGACAUCAUCGUAGAGGCCACACGGGGCACCACCAAUGGCCUGCGGUUCCCGGUGUUAAUUCUGGAGCCCACCAAGGUGUAUCAGCCCUCCUAUGUGUCCAUUAACAAUGAGGCGGAGGAGAAGAAUGUCUCUAUCUGGCAUGUGUCGCCUGCUGAGACGAAAGGGAUCCAUGAGUGGAACUUCACUGCAAUGUCCAUCAAAGGCAUCAGUAUUAGUAAGUUUGAUGAGCGCUGCUGUUUCCUAUACGUCCAUGACAACUCAGACGACUUUCAGAUCUACUUCUCUACCGAGGAUCAAUGUGCUCGGUUUUGUUCCAUGGUGAAAGAGAUGAUUUCUGAUGGUACAGGGAAUGCUGUGGAGCUGGAGGGAGAGGGAGAAGGUGACACACUGGAGUAUGAAUAUGACACCAAUGAGACCGGGGACAGGGUGGUGCUAGGUCGGGGCACCUAUGGAGUGGUGUAUGCUGGGAGGGACCUUAGCAAUCAAGUCCGCAUUGCCAUCAAAGAGAUUCCUGAGAGAGACAGCAGGUAUUCCCAGCCCCUCCACGAGGAGAUCGCCCUUCACAAAUACCUGAAACACAGGAACAUCGUCCAAUACCUUGGCUCUGUCUCGGAGAACGGCUACAUCAAGAUCUUCAUGGAACAGGUCCCAGGAGGAAGCCUGUCAGCGUUGCUGCGCUCUAAGUGGGGUCCACUGAAAGAGGCGACUAUCAUAUUCUACACCAGACAGAUCCUGGAGGGCCUUAGAUAUCUACAUGAGAACCAGAUAGUCCACAGAGACAUCAAGGGAGACAACGUGCUGGUGAACACCUACAGUGGAGUCCUUAAGAUCUCAGACUUUGGUACCUCUAAGCGGCUGGCAGGAGUCAACCCUUGCACAGAGACAUUCACUGGUACUCUGCAAUAUAUGGCUCCAGAGAUAAUUGAUAAGGGGCCCAGGGGUUAUGGGGCCCCAGCUGAUAUCUGGUCCCUGGGAUGCACCAUCAUAGAGAUGGCCACUGGUAAACCCCCAUUCCACGAGCUGGGAGAACCACAGGCGGCCAUGUUUAAGGUAGGAAUGUUUAAGAUCCACCCAGAGAUCCCGGAGUCAUUGUCCACCGAGGCCAAGUCUUUCAUCCUGCGCUGCUUCGAGCCAGACCCCCACAAGAGAGCCACCGCCUCGGACCUCCUCAGAGACACCUUUGUGAGACAGAACACCAAGGGCAAGAAGAGCAAGAUCGCCUUCAAACCCUCGGACUACAUCCGCAGCGUGUCCCUGCCGGUCCAGUUGCAGUGUGAGGCCACUGGGAGCAGUAGCAGCGAACACGGCUCGGUGAGCCCAGACUGCGAUUCCAAACACGACGUCUUCUUCCAGAAGAAGAAACUCUCCAGCUCAGAGAACCUGCUCAAACCGCCUAACUCCAACUACCUGAGUGUCCCUGAUGAGGGUUCAGUGUCAGAGGACCGCAGCGCCCCCCCCUCCCCCGAGGACAGGGAUGGGGGUCUGUUUCUGCUGAAGAAAGACAGUGAGAGACGAGCCAUCCUCUACAAAGUCCUCAAUGAAGACCAGGACAAGGUCAUCUCCAACCUCAUGGAGAACCACAUCCAGGGCAGUGAGGAGCUGCAGCUGUCCGUGGACCACAUCAAACAGAUCAUCUGCAUCCUACGAGACUUCAUCCACUCUCCUGAGAGACGCGUGAUGGCGACCACCAUUUCCAAGCUGAAACUGGACCUGGACUUUGACUCUACCUCCAUCAAUCAGAUACAGCUGGUUCUGUUUGGCUUCCAGGACUCGGUAAACAAGGUCCUGAGGAACCAUCACAUUAAACCUCACUGGAUGUUUGCCAUGGACAACAUCAUCAGACGAGCUGUGCAGGCUGCGGUCACCAUUCUUAUACCAGAGCUGCAGACACACUUUGGCCCGGCAUCAGAGAGCGAGGGAGCAGAGAAGGAGGAUGAGGUUGACGAAGAGGAGUUUGGGGCGGUUUUAGCCCCUCCCACUGAUGACCCUGGCGUGACCCCUGACCCCACCGCCUCUGGAGUGAGCACGCUUAGCUCCACCCACUCCCAGGAGCCUCAGCGCUCACACCACCCUCUGGGAGCACAGCUGGGACGACUAAAACAGGAAACUAACAGGCUUCUAGAGGAACUGCUACAGAAGGAGAAGGAGUACCAACAGGUCCUCAAGACGUCUCUCCAGCAGAGAACACAUGAUCUGGAGUUGGCCCGAGUCAGACACAGACCACCAGACAUGCCUCCACCCUCCAUCUUCCACAUCCCAGCUGACCAUGAGCCCGACAAGCAGCUCACUGAUUGGCUUAAAGACCAGGGGGUGGACCCUGAUACUGUAGACAAGUUUGCGAUGGAGGAGUACACACUGAAUGACAUUCUCAACGACGUCACCAAGGACGACCUCCGCUGCCUGCGUUUACGGGGCGGAGUCCUCUGUCGCAUCUGGCGAGCAAUCCAGAGGCACCGAGAGCGACAGAGAGGGAGGAGUGAUGACCUGGCAGAGGAGGCGUGAUGGGAUAGUGGCGCGGUCAAGACUCUAUCACU